AUGGCGCGGCGGAUAACUUCCACUGCCAGCAGGUGGCGUGGUGUAGUGGCUAGCGGCCUGCGCGGUGGAACCUAUGAUGCAGGUUCGGUCCUAUUUUGGGGGAAAUUUAUUUUUGCCAAAUUUUUUCUUCAAAAAAAAUUAGUAAGUUUUGAAGAUGGAGUGAAAAAACAGCUCAAAAUGUUGAAAUUCACCAUUUUAUGCCCUUCUGAGAAAGAAUUUUGACAAAUUUUUUUUUGCUAAAAGUUUCCUUUUCCAACCAUAAGGCUUAUGGUCGACCCCCUUUUUAAAAAAAAUUUUUGAUAAAAAAAAAUCAAAAUUUUAUGAGAUUCACUCCUUUUUUUCUUCUUUGAGAUUUUAUGUGUUGAAAACUGUGUAUCAAAGUCCAGCUUCACUUUAUUUUUGUAAUAGAGAUGAUAUGGCGAUGCUUGCAGCAGGAAAGGAAAAGGGGAGGAAAAAUACCAGGAAGUGGAUUAACUAACUGCCACCUUUGAAGAAACAACUUUUUGAUAAAUGAGAAAAGAAGCAUAAAACUAUUAUAAGUUGUUAUUUGUGACAAAAAGCUAUAAAAUCUUGAAAGAAUAUUCUCGACGCCAAAAUUUCCUGCAUAGAGCAUGACAAAGAGACAAAAAAUUUUUUUGUCGAAAGUUUUUCUCAAAACGACAUAAAAUAGUGAAUUUCAACACUUUGAACGGUAUUUUUCGUUCCAUCUUCAAAACUUCAUCAAAUUUUUUCGAAAAACUUCAUGAAAAAAAAAUUUUUACCAAAAAGGGAUCGAACCUGCAUCAUAGGUUCCACAGCGCAGGCCGCUAGCCACUACACCACGCCACCUUCCGGCACUGGAAGUUAGCCGCCGCGACAUAUUCCCUCCUCCCAUCAAAUGCAUUUUUGGCGUGCAAACUUCGAGAUGCCAUAACUCGACUACAACUUUUUUUCAACUUAAUUGAAAUCAGGGUGUCCUAAAGUACCUAUAUACCAAGUUUCAUCAAAUUCUCAACCCACCACCUUUUGCACUCCCCGUGUCAGAACACUGAUAUCGAUCAAAGGGAACACUAAAGAGGCGUUGAUACCCUUAAGUGAUACUUUUUUAGUAGCCCAGGAUCUUCAAAGCUCGGAUAUACUGGCAACUGGACACUAUAAAGGGUACUUAAGUUAUAACUCGAUGGCUCAGAAUCCUUGGGAAAACGAAAAGUGAUAGAUAAUAAAAAGUCGCUCAGAAAUUUGCACCUGACGCCGAGGAAACUUGGCUCUUAAAAAAAAAUUAAGUAAGAAGACUUUAAACCUUGAAUUUCAGCAACGGAUGGCUGUCCCCCGCGAUCAACGCCAUGGAGCUCUCGCAGAUGAUCACCCAGGCCAUGUACAGCAACGAGCCGUACCUCAAGCAGUUGCCCCACAGCAACGCCGCCUUGUUGGAGCGAGCCAAGGAGAAGGUCCGAAUCAUUUCUUUGUUGGAUGAGAAUCUUCGAAACCGUUAAUCUUGGAGAAGCUGAAGCUUAGGAUUUUCAAGGCAUUGAAUUUUCAAAAAACGCUAUAAUUCAGAAUCUCCAAAAACUUGAACCUUUGAAACACUGAAAGUAGACUUUUCCAGAAGGUCGAAUCGGUGUUCGACUUGCUCGAACUGGAAAACGACGACCGGAUGGAGAUCCUCGGAAUGGAAGGCGGCACUUUGGCCGACGUCGCCAAGUUCUGCAACAACUAUCCCUCGAUCGAGGUGGAACACGAGAUGGACAAGGACGUCGUGUCGACGUGAGUUUAAGGAGAGUGUGUGAAGUUUGGAGAGAAGCUAGAGGAACGGAGCUUUCUUGUUUGUCUGCUGUUUUUUCAGUUUUCCAAAGCGAGAAAAAUAUUUUUUUCAGAAAUUAAAGUUAGAGAGCGAUAAAACUUGCAGAGGCGCCAGAGAAGCAGAUUAUUGUCGUUUUUCUGCUGCCUCUUCAGUUUGUCACUCUCUUUAACCAUAAAUAAUCUGAUCAUGUAUUGAAAUAAGUCAGAAAAGCAGAAGCUAAAAAGUUUAGUUUUUUGAAGUCUCCUUAGAAACAGAGUUUCCAGUGUAUUUCUUUUUUUCAAUCCAUUAUCUAGAUGAAAAAACGGAAUCUAUAGCAUUGCAGGCUCGAAAUUACGAAACUCCAGAGAGCAGAUUUUUUUUUGUUUCUAUGGUUUCUACUCUCUUGCUAGGUUCUACACUUCAGUGAAACCUACAGAGAACGGUUUAUGAUGAAAACAUACGAUUUUUCACUCAUUAGAGCUAUAAAAAAUAUAGAGGUCUUUAUAAUCCUUUUUUGACCUGUCUAAUCACCUUUUUUGAAACAACUAGAAGCUUCUCCCGACUUUGUUUUCCAUUUCACAAUCUCCAUUUCAAGAAAAUCGGUUCAGAAGUGAAACGGUUGUGGUGAGCGUCUCGAUGGAGCGCGAAAACGACAUCGAUGGAAUGGCGCCCCCGGUCAUUGCCCCCUUGUUCCCGCAGAAACGCAAGGAAGAAGGAUGGUGGCUGGUCAUUGGUGACCCCUCGUCGAACUCCUUGUUCUCUAUCAAGAGGUAUUUUUCAUCGGACAUUGAAGAAAUGAAGAAAUUGAUAUUUUUUCCAGAUUGGUCAUCAACGAAAAGGCGGCGAUGCAGUUGGACUUUGCCGCCCCGUCGGCUGGAAAACACACCUACAAGCUCUACUUCAUAAGUGAUUCUUACCUGGGAGCUGAUCAGGAGUUUGAACUCGCCUUCAAGGUUGAAGGUGAGUGGUGUGGUGGGGAAUAAGAAGUAGAAAAAGCUGCCGAGGUCUAUGGAAAGUGCGCCCCAGUGAAACAGAUUCGAGAGAGGGCAAAGAUUGUUUGAAAGCUUUAUUGAGUGAAAAUAGGCCCUAAAGGGUUAGGACUCUGAAAAAAAGUGAGAAGAGAGGUUUCCUAAGGAACUCCGAAGUAGUCCCUAUAGGGACAACCUUAGGGGCCUCUCAAGGGAUCGAUUUACCAGCCCCUAGAGGGGCUUGAAAAGUUGUUCUUUUAUGGGUUUCAGUUAGUGACCCCUAUAGGGGACAUGCUAGUCGAUAAUUGAUCUGAACUCUAGUGAAGAAGCACCCAUGAGUAAAACUGAACAAAUAAGAAAUAAGUUGAGAGACCCCUAUAGGGUCCACUUGAGCUUUAGGAGCUAAGGGGUCAGACCCUAAAAACCCCUAUAGGGGCCUUUUUUUCGACCCCUAUAGGGGUUGCUUCCCCACCCCCUAACCCUUCACCCGACUUGGAAAGGGGAGGUGUCAAAGAAUUUUGUAAAUCUUCCAUGAUCAGAAUUUUUCAGCUGAGAAAUACUAUGAUUGGGAAAAAUUUGGAGUAUUACUGGAAUUUCUGACUAGCUUUUAAUGGAUCUUAAAUAACUAUCAAAAUUCCCAGAAUCCGGCCGCCAUCGCAAGCGCAAGCACGACGGAGACGAGCGGGAUGAGAAGGACGAAAAAAACGUCGCUGAAUUUACUGUUAAAUCCCACCGAUUCCCCCUCUUUGUUGAUAUUUAUUAUUAUUAUUUUUUUACCCUUUUUGUUGUUGAAUUUUUGUUUUUAUCCGAAAAAAAACCCAAAAUAUUUAUCAACCCCCUUCCUUCCAAUUGUUAAAGUUUUUUUAUACCAUGCGGUUCAAUGAUGAUCUUUUCUCGUUCUAUUCAAUAGUUUGUAGAACCCCAAACCCUCUUGUGAAAGUUAACUUUUUGUGUUGUAUCUAGCUCCCUCGGCGAUUUUUGUCGAGGCACAUAAAAAUGGAGAUAGUCAAAAGAGUUUGAGCAGUGAAAUUGAUCGAAAUAACUGGUCUGAGAGACACACUUUGUCCUGCCAGCGUGAUUAUUUUUAUUCAAUUCGAAAAGAACAAGAAUCGCUAGAAAAGAUUAAAGCGUGGGCAAUUUUUUUCGCGGAAGGAUACUGUAUUGCCACGUUUAAAGAACUGUUUUGAAACUUUAGCUGUUUCGGACCAAGUAAUUUUUUUUCGAAACUCUAGCUGUAUGAACUGUUUUGAAAAAGAAAAUGAUGAUCUUUCCCGGAGGAAAACAUGUCUUUUCAUGGUUCAUCAUGUCAGAAAUAUGUGUGACAAAUAUGACGUUCAAAAUAAAUUUUAAGAGAAAAAAACCCCCCGACAAAAAAUAAUCAAAAAUGACGAGUCUGAUCUGGCCAAAAGUUUUGAUCUGACGCCGGGGGUCAAAGAGUCCGAGGUUCGAGAAGGAUCACUGGAGUGGCGCGAAAGGUUCGCCGUCCCAAAAUCAAUCGUCAUUCUGUUUUUUUCUCCGCACUGGGCGGGGUGUUGCUGCCGCUCGUCUUAUUUUUUUGAAUUUAUUAUUGUAAUUGAUGUUUUUUUAGAUUGUUUUUGCUUGUAUUAUUUCAAUUUCGGUUAGCUGUCUGGAGUUUUUUUACGCGUUUUAAUAUUGUUCACUUAGUUUUAAAAAGCAUUUUACUUUUUUCGAAUUUCAUGUAAACAUGUUUUAACUACCUUUGCAGAGUUUUCGAAAAGCGUAGAAUAUUUUUCCAAGCUUAAAGAAUUUAAUGUUUCAGAAAAAAAAUGUACCGUUUUUUCUGAAGACCAAAACUAUAGAUAAUCGCUGAAAUUUGCUCUGCUUCAUCGCUUUCUUCAAUGAUUUUUUGAUCGUUUUUGUUUUCGUAUUUUCCAACGUUUUUUGAUUUCAGAGGACGACUGGCUGGUCUCACAAUCUAUCGCCAGGUUGCUCAAAGUUACAAGCUUCAAUUUCGCUUAAAAUUUUUUUUUCUUGUAAAUCAGUUUAAAUUUUUGCUGCGCCUUUGAGCAAUCUGCUGCAAGAAAGACUCAAAUUGCCUCAUUUUGGAAGAUGAGUCAAAUAGUCAUCCAAUAUUCACUAAUCCUUAUUUUUUCCAGGAAAUUGGGGAAAAGAUCGAAGAUUUUUGCUGGGGCGUUUGAAGGAGCAAAUUUUUUGCAUCAAAACACGACCGUGUGCCUCGAAAUCUCAAAUCAGCUUCUGUUCCUUCAAACACCCGAGCAGAAAUUUUCGAGCACGCUUAACCGCCGUUCAGGAUUUCCGCGAGGUAAAUUGAAUCAGUUGAUAAUUUUUAUUGAUUUUCUUCAGAGGGGCCGCCCGCGCUGUCAAAGGAUGGAUCCUGACCCCGACGACGUUCGACUCGGAUCGGUAUCAAAUUCAAAUUUUUCAAUGUUGCUUUUUGCGUUGGGGAACGUUUGAAACUUCAUAUUUCCCAUUUUUUUUUCUCAGUUUCUUAAAAACGACGGUUCUCAACGUAGGAAGUUUUUCGUCAAUUCAAAAGUUUUUUCUCUUCUAGAAAGUUCAACUCAAAUUUUUAAUCUUUAUUUCCAGGCUUUUUAAUUUUCACCUCAUGGGGAUAUCGCAUGAGGCCCUCGCAUAGAUUUUUGAAAAGUUGCGGCUAGAAGUAACGCGGUCGCGCUGCGGUUCCACAUCCCUUCGAUUUCCUUUAAACUUGAUUUUUUAAAGUUGUUACCGUAAUUUUUGUGAUCUUGUUUUGAACUUUUUAUGUCUAUUGGGGGUCAACUUGUCAAACCGUCAGCUACAAGACUUCGUUCUUAUGAAAUGUUUUGCACAAUUUCUUUUUGAGAUUAAAAAAUUGCAUGAAAAGUCGUCCAAUUUUUCAUACUUUUGCAGCUUUUCAGUUCAAAAAAAUCAGGAGAUCAUUAUUUUUUUCUUUCAAAAACCAAUCACGACGUGCCCCGUUGACCCAUAGCUUUCUAAGAGUUACAAAAAGAAGAUUUUUUUGUUUUUUUUGGUAAAAUUUCAACCAUUAAGCGAUUGCGUUGGGCCCCUUUUUCAUCGUCAAUUUUCACGAUCCCCGAUCAUUUUUCCAUCCCUUUAAGCCCUUUUUUUCAUCAGAAGAAAAGUUUUGCAAAAAAGAAAAAGAAGUUUUCGACUUGAAACGUUGACAUAAAGUUUAUUAAAGCCACAAAGUAGUUUCAACUAACGCUUUGAACCGUUACGCGACCGCGUCGCACGACUUUUUUGACCAUUCAGUUUCGACUUUCAAACUUUCCCUAGGUUUUAAAAAUCGUUCAAAAGAAAGGGUGAAAUUGUCAAGCCGUCAGCUGAAUUAUUGUUCUCAAAAAAAUUUUUUUUUAAUCAAAAAGGUCCCUGUUAAUACAUUUUUUUUUCCGUAUUCAAAAUUUAUUUAAAAGAUUUUCGACUCGACAUGUUGACACGUAGGUUUAUGAGUGUUAGGAUUUUCAAAAUUUUUUUUUGAUUGUUCAGGUUUGACUUCUGUUUCAUGCGAUAUCAUCUACCCUUCUUGUUUUCUUUUUUUAUAUGUCGAAUUGAAAUGAACUUUCCAGAAGGAAAAAAUUUUUUGUCCGUCCUUUGUCCGUGGGGUGAAUGGUGCCGGCGUCUUUGGUCGGUGGUGGCGCAGAGAAAAAGACGACUGUAUCCCCGGCUUUUGACCGGUCAGAGAGAACAUCACGAAAGAGGAGAGCUGUAGUCUGGCGUCUCCUAAAUCGCCAUGCUCUCUCGCCGGCUUUAGCCGAGCAUACAUGCGUCUUUUGCUCUGUGGAGUGGGGGUACUGUGGGGCGAGGCUUCUCUUUCCUUCCAAGCUCGUCAAUUCGAAGGUGGCGUCCAGUAUAUUGGGUUGUGUAGAGAUAAAUUUCGCUUUUUUCCAAGUUAUGCUGUUUUUUUUCAGAUAAAAGCUGUAUCCAAGCUUGCAAAAAAAAAAAUGGUCCAAUUCAAAUCAAUACAUCACUGAUCUUAAAGUUAGGCCUUUAUGUAGUUUUUUCAAUUUUUUACACGCAGCUUUGAGAUUUUUUUUUGUUUCUCAAGUAGUUAGUCGUCCGUUUUUCAAGGUUUUUCGAGAUUUAGUUGGUUUUUUCUGAGAUCCUAGAUAUACUAACAGAGGUUUUUUUCGUCAAUUAAUAUUGAUCGAUAAAAGGCGAGAAUUAUUUGUACACAACCUGAUAUGAUUCUCGAGCUCAUGCGAAUUAACUCAAUUUGCUGAUUGGUCUAGAGGUUAGGGAACUGGUUUGGUAAACUCACGACGAAGGUUCGGACCUUAAUGAAGAUUUGGUUAUCACUUUAUAAUUGAAAGAGUUUUUUUUCGGGUUGAGUCUUUUCAUCGAAACUGUACAUUGCACGGAAUUUCAUUUGAUUUUUUCGAAGUUUGUGUUUUUGACUUUUCAUUUAGCACUCACUGUUUUUUUAACAAGAAAACCGAAAUAAUUUUUACGGCUCCAAACUGGACCGCUUCACAGAAAGUCACAUUUCGAAAACGAUUAUAUCUGAUACCUAAUUUCAACCAGUCAUUUCAAAAAAAUCAUUCUUUUGUUGUAAGAUUUAAUAUGAAAAAGAAUGCACCAGAAAAAUAUCCAUGAAGCGAAAAAUACGAAGGUUUAUGAGUCAAUUGCGGUUUUUUUUUCAAAUUUCUUAGGCUUUUGUCCAAAUUUAGGUAGACUUCGGACCUUUGUCAAGGGUUUUACAAGAAAAGAUUUAAAAUUUUUCGUAUUCGUCAAGGAUUUUUUUUUAAAUGUUGAAAUGGUUUUAUUCAACCAAUCAGUAAAUUGCGCAAAUUUUUGUGGGUUCGUGCGCCACCGGACAGUGUCUUGCGAGGUCAGUCCUGCUUUUUUGUUCUAUCACAACUUCCAAGCUUCAUCCUGAGCCAACUUGAGCUCGAACUCUUUCCACUUGAUCUUCAGAUCAUUUGAAAUAAACAUGCAGGACUUGUGUCCUGUUGAAAAAGGGCUCUUGAAAUUUAGACUCUUUAGGUUUUUUAUAGUUUAUCUGCAAGGCUUCUCUUUUGAUAUCAAAUUUGAAUUUUGUUUUGCGCGUUGAAGCCUUCUCCAUUUCAGCACAGCCAAUAAAUAAUAGAGGAACAAAAACUUGGACUUUUGACAAAAUUUUGCUUUAAAACCUUGUGUUUCUGAAUUUUUUGUAUUCGCUUUCUACAUACCUUUGAGAAAUUUUUCAGUUUUGAAAGUCAAAAAUAUUUAUGUGUUGACUGUUUCAAAUUGGCGGAGAUUUCAAAACGCAAUUUUUUUCAAUUGGUAAAACUUUUUUUGAGAUAAUUUUUUUCUUCCUUGUAGUGAUUUCAAGUUAACAGCUCACCAUUGUCAAUCACUGAAUAAAUGUAAAGCCAUAGGAAAUCAUUGAAAAAUCAUUCUUUUUUUUUUCUUGAAAAUGGUAUUUUCCAAAACAUUGCGUUUCUGUGAACUUUUCUUUUCCAAAAACAGCUUCUUCACGUCUUUUUAAUGCUUUCAUUGAUACCUAGAAGGAUCAAGUGAUUGAUUUUGGUGUAGCUUAAAAAUCAAAGAAGAUAAUCGUCGCAAAAAAAACCUUGCAGAUGAACUUUGAAAUUUUCAAUCUUGCUGAAAUGCUUGCUGCAGUUCUUCCUAGAUUCAUUAGGGUCAAUCAAGACUAGAAUUAUAUUUGAAGAAAAAAAAAUGUUUCUUUUCCAAACGAACUUCAAAAAUAUUUUCCUUCUUAAGUAAACUUGUGAUUUUCCAAAGGUCGAAUCGAAAACUUUCAUUUCUUUUUUUCACGACCUUAGAAGCUUAGAUGCUUAAUGUGACUGACUUGAGUGGACUGCAAGACGUAUUCAGCAAAAACUUUAAGUUUGGAAGACUUGUUCCAUUCAAAAAAAAAACUUUGAGAGCACCUUUUCAACAUAGCACAAGUACAACAUGUCCUUUCAAAGGAUUUUUCCAUCAAAUGGGGCUUGAGCUGGCUCAGGAUGAAGCUUGGAACUCGUGGGGGUACAAGAGGAGCAUGAAUGACCUUGUCGAAUGAUGAGCUUGGAGAUGAAAGAAGCCUCGCUUGACAGGACUCUCACCAGGCCUCAAGACAUCUACCGAAGACUUGGCCUCGGGCUCCACCGUCCUCCAGGAGGGCGGGUGAAUCAGAGGUCAAGGUCUCCGGCUCAGACUCCACAGCCAGCCUGUGGCGUCUGAGGUUGAGGUCUCUGGCUUGGGUCCUUAAGACCCGGGCUGGAGGCUCCGCCUCAGACCCCAGGGGUGGGGCUGUGGUACUCGAGAUCGGAGUGUCUACCCGGCACCUGGAACCCCAGGUCCGGCAGCGGCUCUGACCCUGCCGGACAAAACCAAGUACAAACGGGGGAGGAGAAUACUUUAUUAAAAAUCAUGGUUCAGAGUGUCCGGUUCAAAGCCGCCCUCGGAGUACGACGUCGUCCGGCAUCCAUCCCGUCACAUCACUCGACCUGAAACCCUCCCCAUUAGCCCCCUGAUUUCCUCCCCUUCUGUUCUCGGAACCCUCCAAAUCUAG